AUGUCCAUUAUCCAGCAUCCAUCAAUUGAGAGAAAGAUAAAAGUAGCAUCGAAAUCUAGUCCUAAGGAUGAAAUCCAAACUCCAAAUAAUAUAAAUUUCAUACAAGUAUUUUUGAAUUAUGGGUAUUACUUUUUACUGACACCGUUUAAAAUAAACAAGCAUCCCGUUAGUGCGGAGUAUGAAUUAGGAAGCAACUGGACACAAAAGUUGAACUCGAAACGCUUCCUCCGCUUCUUCUGCGCCCUCCUCGUCACUGCGGCCAUAAUAAAUGUAGCAAUUUUCGCUAGCACGACUGAGAAAUUGGACCCAUCACCCUUCUCGUCGGACAGAAUAUUUCGUCGCAUCGUUGCCACUGCUCGUUACAAUUUCCUUCUCGCUUCGGACACCAGAUUGAAUUCGGUCCCCACGUGGGACGACAUUCACCCCUCCGAUUGGAUCAUUGGUGUCCUUGCUUUUAUAGGAAUUUGGUUUCGUCAACUGCUUGCAUUCACAUCGGAUGGAUUCAUCCUCCUGUUAGCCAUGUUUAUUUGGACCCUCUCGCAAAGUUUCGAACAGUUGGUUUCCAGAAAUUGUGACAAGAAUGAAUUUCUCCUAAAUUUUCAAGCUCUGAAAACCGUUUCGAAUUUAAUCAGGGAGAUCAUGGGAAAUUGUAUUUUGCUCUAUUUUGGCGAAGCACUAUUUUAUUAUUCGGUCAAUAUAAAUGACUUGUUAAAGGAUGAGGAGGACACCGAGAGGAUACGAAGUCUCGUUUUUUUAUCGAUUGCAAUUAUGAUUUUUCGCUUUUCGGGAGAUAGUUGCCAAACUGUGGAGGAUUCAGUGAUUGGGUGGAUCAGAUUGAAAUUCGGGGAGAUCGACCCAGGUUUGACGAGUGUAUUGAUGCAUGAUGCUACAAAACAUGUUGUGGGACUUCAUGGAAGUAUUUUUGUAGUGGAUUAUUCUACAAUUCUUAGUAUGGUUGCGGCAAUGGUCACAUAUUUCGUGGUUUGUGCAACAUCUGAAGGGCGAAGGAAUUAGAGCUGAUGAUGGGACGGGGAUAUCAACAGCGUUACGAUUAUCAGCCAUUCAUUGCAGCCAUGUUCCAACUUUAAAUUGUGUAUUUGAAAGAAAUUGUGGGAACAUUAAGCCAAGAAAGUUUAUGCAUAUCGUGCAAAUGUAAAUACUUUGAUGCAUAUGCAAGAGCGAUAAGUUUUUUUCUGUUCACGAAACAUUACUUGUUAACACAUAUUUCACAGCACAUUUUAUAUUUAUAAAGUCGAUUAUAUUAUUAGUUCUGAACAUUAAGAAAUACUUAAAAUUUGAAGGAAAAAUUCAAUUUUUCAAGCUGUGAGAUGUAUAUAUGCAGGUAGAAAGGGUAUUUUAAAUAAAAAUCUG